AAGAACACACCCAGUGACAUCAGUGAGGUUUGAAGAAGAAGAAGAAGAGAAAAGUCUGAAAGUCAAACUGUGCAGAAGAGGAACAAGAGGGCCGGAAGGUCCUUCCACGGUUUGCUCUCGUUUCUGAAGGUCUUUUUUUUUUUCCAGCUGCGAAAAGUUCUGGAUCCAAACCGUCCAGACUGUGCGUAAACUUUUUAUUGUAUUUAUUUUUACACUGAACGCGAACCGUGGAGCGCAGAGAGCCGCGUUUCUCAACACAGGAGGAGGAUGUCAACUUCAGACGACACAGACGGGCUCAGGCCGAGAUAUGGCUCUGUCCUGGAUGGCGUGGAGCGGCUCACAGCGGAGGAGAUGGAUGAACGGCGGCAGCAGAACAUGGCCUACGAGUACCUGUGUCACCUGGAGGAAGCCAAAAGAUGGAUGGAGGCCUGUCUGGACGAGGAGCUGCCUCCCACCACGGAACUGGAGGAGGGGCUAAGGAACGGCGUCUACCUGGCCAAGUUGGGGAACUUCUUUGCCCCACGCACCGUCUCGCUCAAGAAGAUCUACGACCGCGAGCAGACGCGUUACAAGGCGACGGGUCUUCAUUUCAGACACACAGACAACGUCAUCCAGUGGCUCAACGCCAUGUCAGAGAAGGGACUGCCGAAGAUCUUCUACCCUGAAACCACGGACAUAUAUGACAGGAAGAACAUGCCACGCUGCAUCUACUGUAUACACGCACUCAGCCUGUACCUGUUCAAGCUCGGCCUGGCCCCUCAGAUCCAGGAUCUGUACGGAAAAGUGGAUUUCACUGAGGAGGAGAUCAACAACAUGAAGAGUGAGCUGGAAAAGUAUGGCAUCCAGAUGCCCGCCUUCAGCAAGAUCGGCGGGAUCCUGGCCAAUGAGCUGUCCGUGGACGAAGCUGCAUUACACGCUGCUGUGAUCGCCAUCAACGAGGCCAUCGACCACGGCGUGCCAGAGGGGACGGUGGCAGCUAUGCAGAACCCCAACGCCAUGCUGGUCAACCUGGAUAGCAGCUCUGCUCGUCAGUACCAUGACACACUGUACCAGGCCAAAGGAGAGAAGGUGGCCAACUCACGCAAACGGCAAAUGGAGAACGCCGACGCAGAGAGAGACAUCUACGACGAGCUUCUCACCCAGGCUGAAAUCCAGGGCAACGUCAACAAGGUCAACGUGAGCAACGCCUUGAACGCGGCUGAACAGGCCGUACUGAGCGGCGAUGAGAAUAAGUUGUACGAGGCCCUCAAAGCCAUGGGGCUGCAGAACCUGCAGGCUCAGAACAAAGGCUGGUACCUCAAACAGCUGCAGGCCGAGCGAGAGAAUAAAGAGCAGGCGUCUCCUGGAGAAGCACUGACGAAGGAUGAGUUGCAGAGCGGCGUGGACGUGGCCAAUGAGAUCGCAGAAGGCUACCUAAAGAUGUUGAAGGCAGUGGAGCGCAUCAAUGCCGCCAUCAGAGCGGGGGUGCCUGAGAAAACGGUAGAGGAGCUGAUGAAUCCUGACGCCCAGCUGCCUGAGGUCUACCCCAGCGCAGCAGACCUCUAUCAGAGAGAGCUCGUCAGCCUGCAGCAGCAGAGCCCGGAGGGCUCGCUGUCCCACCCCGAGCUGCUUGUUGCCGUGGAGAUGCUGUCAUCGGUGGUGUUGAUGAACCAGGCGAUGGAUGUCGGAGACCGAGCCGCCCUCUGGAAACAGCUGUCCAGCACGGUCACUGGACUCAGUAAUGUGGAGGAUGAAUAUGCACAGAGGUACAUGGAUGAACUGAUGCGUCUUAAGGCAGCAGCCAGAGAGGAUGGAUGCGACUAUCUGACCUGGAACGACAUUCAAGCCUGCAUCGACCAAGUUAACCUGACGGUGCAGGAGGAGCACGAACGUAUUGCCGCCAUCGGCCUGAUCAAUGAGGCUCUGGAUGAAGGCGAUCCCAUGAAGACCCUCGCCAUGCUGCAGAACCCCUCGGCCAAGCUCACGGAUGUGGACCCGUCUGUGGCUCAGCACUACCACGAUAAACUGCUGGAGGCCCGCAGGGAGAAGGCUCACGAGACCCAAGACCCGUCUGCUGUGUUGUGGCUGGAUGAGAUCCAGGAUGCCAUUCUGAAGGCUAACCAGGACACACAGGAGGCCUUGCAGUUCUCGCAGUCCAUCCAGGCCAUCAACGAGGCGGUGGACAGCGGCGAUUCUGCUCAGACUUUGGCCGCUCUGCGUAACUCCGGGGCAGGACUGUACGGCGUCACCUCCGAGUGUGCACAGACCUACCAGGAAGAUCUGGCCAAGAUUAAAGGCGAGAAAAAGGCAGAAGGUGACAAUGGCAGUGACUGGGUGAAACACUGGGUAAAGGGAGGACACAACUACUUCUAUAAUCUGAAUACCAAGGAGGGCACCUGGGUGGAGCCAGAGGACUUCCAACCAAACAACACACAGCUUAACAAGGAGGAGAUCCAGUCUGUGGUUUCCGGGGUGACAACGGCCUACAAUCGAGAGCAGCUGUGGCUGGCCAAUGAGACUCUUAUUGCUAAGCUGCAAGCUCGUUGCCGUGGCUACCUGGUGAGAAAAGGCCUGAAGGAGCGGAUGAACUUCCUGAAAUCCCAAGACCCAGCUGUUACAUGCAUACAGGCGCACUGGAAAGGCCACAAACAGAGGAAGAAGUUCAAGGAUCGUAAACAGUAUCUCAAAGAUCACACUGGCGAGGCUGUCAAGAUCCAGUCCAUGGUUCGGAUGCACCAGGCCCGUAAGAAGUAUAAGGAUCGCCUAAAGUACUUCCAAGAUCAUAUCAAUGAUGUGGUGAAGAUUCAGGCUUUCAUCAGAGCCAACAAGGCCAGAGAUGACUACAAGACACUGAUCAGUGCCGACGAUCCUCCCAUGGCGGUGGUUAGGAAGUUCGUCCACCUCCUGGACCACAGCGACCAGGACUUCCAGGAGGAGCUGGAACUGAUGCGGCUCCGUGAGGAGGUGGUCACCAACAUCCGCUCCAACCAGCAGCUGGAGAACGACCUGAACCUGAUGGACAUCAAGAUCGGCCUGCUGGUGAAGAACAAGAUCACGCUGCAGGAGGUGGUGUCCCACAGCAAGAAGCUGACCAAGAAGAACAAGGGCCAGCUGUCCAACAUGAUGAUGAUGAACAAGCAGAGGGGAGGCCUGAAGGCCCUGAGCAAGGAGAAGAGGGUCAAACUGGAAGCCUACCAGUACCUCUUUUACCUGUUACAGACCAACCCAACAUAUCUCGCCAAGCUCAUCUUCCAGAUGCCACAGAAUAAAUCCACAAAGUUCAUGGACUCUGUCAUCUUCACCCUGUACAACUACGCCUCCAACCAGAGAGAGGAGUACCUGCUGCUCAAGCUCUUCAAAACGGCCCUGCAGGAGGAGAUCAAGUCAAAAGUGGACCAGAUGAAGGAGAUCGUCACAGGAAACCCCACAGUAAUCAAGAUGGUGGUGAGUUUCCACCGAGGUGCGAGGGGACAGAACGCCCUGCGGCAGAUCCUGGCACCGGUCGUCAAGGAGAUCAUGGACGACAAAACGCUAAACAUCAAGACCGACCCGGUGGACAUCUACAAGAGCUGGGUCAACCAGAUGGAGACACAGACUGGAGAGGCCAGUAAGCUGCCAUACGACGUGACUCCAGAGCAGGCUAUGUCCCACGAGGAGGUGAGGACGAGACUGGAAGCCUCCAUCAAGAACAUGAAGGGGAUCACCGACAAAUUCCUGUCUGCCAUAGUCGUCUCUGUGGAUAAAAUUCCAUACGGGAUGCGUUUCAUCUCCAAAGUGCUGAAGGACACUCUGCAUGAGAAGUUCCCGGAUGCUACAGAGGAUGAGCUGCUCAAGAUUGUGGGGAACCUCUUGUAUUACCGCUACAUGAACCCAGCCAUCGUGGCACCUGACGCCUUCGACAUCAUCGAGGUGUCGGCGGGUGGCCAGCUGACCACCGAGCAGCGACGAAACCUGGGCUCCGUCGCCAAGAUGCUGCAGCACGCCGCCUCCAAUAAGAUGUUCCUGGGAGACAACGCCCACCUCAAUCCCAUCAAUGAAUAUCUCAGCACCUCCUAUCAGAAGUUCAGACGAUUCUUCCUGGCGGCGUGUGACGUUCCCUCGCUUGAAGAUAAGUUCAACGUGGAUCAGUACUCUGACUUGGUCACUGUCACCAAACCUGUCAUCUACAUCUCCAUCGGAGAGAUUAUCAACACUCACACGCUGCUGCUGGACCAUCAGGACGCCAUAGCUCCAGAGCACAAUGACCCCAUCCAUGAGCUGCUUGAGGACCUGGGCGAGGUCCCCACCGUAGAGUCUCUCAUCGGUGAAAAUCCUCUUCCUCCCGACGACCCCAACAAAGAGCUGAUGGGGAAAACCGAAGUUUCACUCACACUCACUAACAAAUUCGAUCUCCCCGGCGAAGCCAACGUCGAGAUGGACGCCAGGACUCUCCUGCUCAACACCAAGAGGCUCAUCGUGGACGUGAUCAGGUUCCAGCCUGGCGAGACUCUGACUGAGAUUCUGGACUCAUCAGCAGGAACAGAACAGGAAGCAGAGUACCAGCGUGCCAUGCAGAGGAGGGCCAUCAGAGACGCCAAAACUCCAGAGAAGAUGAAGCAGGUCAAACCGGUGGUGGACGACAGCCUGACGCUGCAAGGCAAGAAGGACAAGAUCAAGAGCAACCUGCAGAGGCUGGCCGAGCUGGGGAAGGUUCACCCCGAGAACCGCUACCAGGACCUCAUCAACGACAUAGCCAAGGACAUCAGAAAUCAGAGGCGGUAUCGUCAGCGCCGGAAAGCCGAGCUGGUGAGACUCCAGCAGACCAACUCCGCCCUGAAUUCAAAGACCGCUUUUUUCAAUGUUCAGAUUGAUUCUUACAAUCAGUAUAUCAAGACGUGCAUGGACAACCUGGCCAGCAAGGGCAAGUUGUCAAAGAAACCGGGCGACAACAAGGCCAAGAAGAGUAAACAGGUCUCUCAGAAAUACACCGCCUCUCGCCUCCACGAGAAGGGCGUGCUGAUCGCGAUAGAGGAUCUGCAGCCCAACCAGUUCAAGAAUGUUAUUUUUGAGAUUUCUCCGUCAGAGGCUGUCGGAGUUUUUGACGUGAAGGCAAAGUUAAUGGGCGUGCACUUGGAGACAUUACAGUUAGAAUAUCAGGAUCUCCUCCAGCUGCAGUAUGAAGGUGUGGCAGUGAUGAAGCUCUUUGACAGGGCCACCAUCAACGUCAACCUGCUCAUUUUCCUCCUCAACAAGAAAUUUUAUGGGAAAUAGUAGAGGAAAAUAAAAAAAGAAAAGGAUAAAAGGGCUACAGACACUGAUUUAAACCACAAAACCCACUUUGAGGGUGGCAGAAAGCCCUGACCUGAACCAUUCCCUUACUGCACUUCUCUUACGUGCCUAUGCAAAUUUAUGUGCAUUAUUUUUUAUUACAUGGAUCACCGUAUGUGCUUUAUUCUUAAUGGAGCGACUUUUUGUGAGCAAGCACACCACAGAGAGCUUUCUAGAGUCUUUUUUUUUUCUUCCUGUCUGUCUUUUGUUGUCUGUAUCUGCAGCUAGGUCAGAGGUUUAAGAUUUGUAUGUUUGCUUUAAAUAUUCUGAAUAUCUUGUGCAUGGGCUUUUGAUUAAUUAUAAUUAUAUAUAGUAUAUAUAUAUAUAUAUAUAUAUAUAUAUAAACAAAGAAAUGUAUGUUUUAUGUAAAGAGAUCAUGUUUUGUGUCUUUCUUAGCUGUUAGAUUAUUUGCUCACCUGACUGAUAAAAAGCCUGAUAAACAUCUCUCCCGCCAAAAAGCACCAAAGUGCUGGCGUACUUUCUAGCCGGGGCUGUAGUGCACAAGGCGACUCGGUCGCUCUCCCGUCAACCAUUUUUGUGUUGUUGCAUGAGGCGAAUUGGAAAAAAAACAAAAAAACAAGAUGCACUCCACCCUCCUCCAUCAUAUUUAAUCAUAAAAACACUGCAGUCAAAAUAUUUUGCACAUAUUUUUGAAGAUGAUUCAACUCCCCUCUGAAUCUUUGGAUUCGACCCACCUCAGCCCACACACAUAUUUUGACAUCUAUGCAAAGAGAACAUCGAGAGAACAGCCUCAUGAUGUAUUUGACAAUAACUGCAAAAAAAAAAAAAAAAAGCUCAUAUUGAGCUUUUGAACUCAGAACUUUGAUGUUUUUGCUGCACGAGCAUGACAAAUUCACAUUACACCGCUCAAAUCCAGUCCAUCUGGUCAGUUUGUGUUGGACUGGACUGAGCUGGCCGUGACUACAGCCCUGGUGCUCUCAACUGACCUGCGGUGUGUUUUCUGCUUUCGGCUUUAACGUUCAAUAAGCAGGAGAUAUGUGGCACACACACACACACACACAGCUGUGCAGAUGCGCUCAUUCAUUGGCUUUCGCUGCCGACUUACUGGAAAUUAGAUUUCUUUCUAUCUCUCUCAUGGGCUGUUUAUCUUUCUGUCUGAGUGAAACACAGAUUAUUGUCGCGUUACAAACAUCGUGUUAAUCUGUAAAACAGGAUGGGAUGUAGAUGUGUAAGCUGGACGUUGAAUACAGAGAUUUUUUUUUUUAUGAUGUCUUGUUGAAAAUAGUUCAACAAAGUUGCCCUUUUUUAUUUAUAUUUUAUGUUGUCAGUCAACAUUUUACUGUAGUUGAUGUUUGCAAAGACCUAAGGAGGAGGAUGUGCAGUAUUACAGUAACUCGACUCGUGGCUCCAGUAGAGGUCACUCUACACCAUCCAAUCUUUAGUGUUUAUUGUAUCACACGUCGUUUUGUCAGAAGAAGCCUUAAAUUGAGAUUUCAUGCAGACCUUAUUGAACUAGAUGUUGAUUUUCUGUCUCAUGUAAAGUUUCCAUGAUCAGAGGUUGACACUGUUAUUUGAAAUGGAGGGGAGCGUGAUCUCUGUACAUUAUUUUUCUCUUUCACAGUCCAUUAAAUGUAUUUUACCUGUUUUAGAAUAAAGCUCUACAGAGACUCUGUG